AUGUUCGGAGGCAGCGGCGGCGUGGGCGGCGGGUACAGCGGCGGCGGCGGCGACUGCGCGGACGGGUACGGGCUGGGCUACGUGGCGGGCGGCGGCCGCCUGCAGCAGUACGCCGCGCACUUCGCGCCGCACCAGAACGUCUGGCACCACCACCACCCCACGCACCACGACACCUACGGUCAGUACACUACUGCACUACCACUGCUACCAGUUGCAGCAGUCUAUUGGGUUCUCAACUAUGGUUUCGGUCUUAUAACGGAACUUGUUGGGAGGAUCCUUGCAACGUGGGUAGUCCAGCGCAGGGGAUCUUUAGUAUUAUUCUAA